UCUCGUGCCGUCAUACGCGCCGUCGUGAAGCCCGGGCACGUGCCCUAGGCGCAGGCAUGGAACAAAAGAAAUUGAUCUGAGCUGGCCAAAACGAACCCACGUCCGUCGCAGCGGUGAGGGCGCGGCCCCGAGUAGUCGGCGCUCGGCCGCAUCGGGUUCUCCAGUCCAAAUCCACCAUCCUAAACCAGCCCCGUACCUCCAUAGCCUCCCUGCGAAUCCACCGCCGCCGUCCAUUCCCCGGCCGGUCGCCCGCCAUCGCGCCUCGGACCCGAUGGACACGGGUGCAGAUCCUCCACGCCACCGCCGGCUCAGGAAGGCCUCCGAUCUCCGCACCACCGCCGCCGCCUACCCAGCCCGGAAACGGAUGCGUCAGGGCGAGGAGCACAACAGUUGCCGUGAGGACAAGAUCAGCAGCUUACUUAACGAGAUAUUAAUCUUGAUCAUUGACAAGCUAGAUGCACGGACAGCGACAGCCACCACUAUCCUUUCGAAGCAAUGGCAGGAUCUCUAUACACACUCGCACACAGGUUUUGACCUUACGGUUGAUGACAUUCUCCCUCCACGGUACCACAGACUGAAGCAAGUUGUGGUGGAGGCUAAGGCAAGGUAUGAGGCAGAGAAGAAUGCACUGAAGUUGGACGGCAGUUAUGCUUCUAGAGACUGGUUAUAUUCCUUCAAAGACUGGAGGUGGAAAGUCUGUCUGCUAACACCCAUCCUGCAACGUUAUGAGCGUUGGGCCAUGCGACGCUAUGUUAAACGGGUGAAUGCAUUCCUUCUGGCUCCCGACAAUGUUCAGCAACGUUCUAUCCAGAAGCUGAGGCUUCAAGCCUGUGGGAGGAGCGAUUUCACUGAUCAAUGGAUCACAGAAGCGAUUGGCAGAUGGGGCGUUGAAGAAUUGGAGCUUGUCAUUGACAACUCUUCCUGGCGCUAUGACUUCCGGCUGUUGGAUGGAUGCAAGAAUGUGCGACUGAAACGGCUUGUGCUAUCCAAUUGUUAUCAUCGUUUUGCACCCAACCCCUUGACGUUUCAGAGCCUCACAUCACUUACUCUGUGCAAAGAAAGUUUACGCAUGCUACAUGUUCUUGAUAUUCUGGAAAACUGCGCGCAGCUGGUGGAUUUGAGGCUGAAAGAUUCUGGCUGUCGCCAACCUGCUUUUAAUAUCGUUAUUCCUAAGUCACAGUUAAAGAGUCUGCAAUUGGACAACUACAACACUGUGAGUGUCCAUCUGGCUUCGGUGCCUUAUCUUGAAACAUUUGCUUGUCGUGGUCAGCCAACUAUAAUACGCUACGGCGAUGUGCCUCGACUUAGGCAUGUGAGUCUGAACUUCUUGCAAACUGGAGAUAAUGGCAAGGAUGAUUCCUCUCGUAGCAACAGGACAUAUCAACUAAGCAAAUUCUUUAGAGGGGCACCGCCAUCUCUAGAGUACCUUGUUCUGCAGUUAAGAGGGCGUCAGAUGUGGAUCGAACCAACCGCCAUUCCUGUCCGGCUCAAUCAUCUCAAUAAACUAUUCAUUGCAAACGUGCCAAUGAACUGGGAUACAAUCUGGAUUCUCUGCCUAGUUGCUGCCGCGCCUGCCUUGGAGUCGCUCCAUGUUCAUUUUGACAACAACUCAGAGAAGGCGAGUACCGCAGGAUCCUGAAAGAACUCGUGGUCAUUGGCUUCGACGGGGCGGCGUGGCAGACAGGCUUUGUGAAGCAGAUCAUCCAGGCAUCGCCGAUGCUGGAGCGCGCCCACCUGCUGGAUGGGCAUGUCAUGGAGGACGAAGAUUGGGAGCUCGUCGGCCUGGAGAUAGUCCGGCGGCGCCGGGAGUGGCACGAGUGUGAGAGAUCGGAGGUGCUCAGAGACCUGGCAGACGGGAUCAGUUCGCCGCAUCUUGAAAUAGUUUUGGAAUGACUUUUGGUAAAGGUCUGCUGUGCCGGUAGCCCUUCCGUUUGUAGGGCUUGUAGCUGUAUGCCAGGGCCCAAUGAUUAUGUGAUAUCUUGUUCCUUACUGUUGCUUGAUUAUCCAAAGGACGGACGCAGCUAGCCGUUGAGAUGAUUGAUUUCAUGGUGCUUAUAAUGUUCAACACCGUCAAGGUGGUAUGCAGGUGCUGGGGGGCACCUACAUCAUUUUUUUU